ACCGAAAAAGAAAUCGAUGUCAUUUGACUUGGGUGCUCAAAAGAAUCAUUUACUGAGCACUCGGAGGUUGAAAAACUCAUUGACGAACUGAGGACGUCAGCCGUCAGCCCAACAUCAGACAAACCAAACGGAUAUUCGUUUAGUGGAGAGAAACUGGCAAAGGUUUUCGUUCAUUCUAGAUCAAUACCAAGAGCAACUACAUUUGAUCGAUUCACACCUCGAUGGACUACUCACUAAAAUCAUCAACAUCAUUCGAGAGGAAGUGCUGGAUUAUGAGGUGAAACAUGUGGCCUUCCGAUGCCUCUACUUUAUAUCGAAAGUCAGGGGCUACAAAGUUGUAGCAAGACAUCUUCCUCAUGAGACUGCCGAUCUGGAGCCUUUGCUACAUUACUUGGAAAACCAAGACCAUGGUGUGCAACUAAAAUGGGAGACUCAUUACAGCUUGUUUCUCUGGCUCAGCAUUGUAGUUAAAAUCCCAUUCCACCUUCAGCGAUUUGACACCAGCACUUCAGAGCCAAUCAUGGAAAGAAUUCUGAAUGUCUGUAAGAAAUACCUGGCUGGGACAACAAAAGCUCAGGACAUGGCCUUUUAUGUAUCGGCAAUCUAUCUUACAAGGCCUGAUGUCAAAGAUUCCUAUCUACCAGGAUUCAUCAAUUGCGCUCAUGAGGUUCUUACCAAAGAUAGUGCUCAGUUCAAAAAAGGAGUUCUUUCAACGUUGGCCGGCGUAUUCAAACAUGGGCAAAGAGAACAAAUGAUGGAGCAUAAACGUUUCAUGUAUUUCUGAAUGGCAGGUUUGAUAUUCCAACUCAGUCUUUUCGUGGCGCAAUACGAAGAGUACCGGCCGCAUCUCAUCCAGCAUUUAGUGGAUCGUAAAGUCAUCCAUUGGGACACGGUUAUUCGACAGCUAACAUCUCAGGCCUUGCAUCAAAUGACGUUCCUCGAUCCGGAGAGUAUGAAACUGAUUCUUUCUACUCAGAUCCUUCCUCGCUGCACAAAUCCUGAACUUUAUUUACGGCACGGAAGCAUUUUGGCCAGUGGCAAAGUCAUCAGCGCUCUUUGUCAAGUGGCAAAAGACCAUCAACGUCGUCUGCCAGAUGAACUUGGUGAUGCCGCGAUGGAAUCCAUUACCCAAACUUGUAUCGACAUCCUGGAGGAGCGUUUCUGGCGGAGUUACGGCGGCGAUCCAAUGCGCAUAGCCGUUUGCCAUUUCAUCCAAGAUCUAAUUUCGGGGGGUUUCCCGUUGCCAGACGCUGUAGUCGACCGUUGGUUGAAGGCGUUACGAGAGUGUCUCGCUUCAGCCGAUUCAAAUGUCCAGCAAUCGGCCAUCAGCGCCGUCACCGCUUUGAUUGGCGAAUACUUCCGGCAUCAGCCAGUGGAGAAACUCACUGCCUUGUUGAACCAUUUCCUACCCGAGGUGACGAGCAACAACCAACAGGCGAGAGUAGGAAACGCACUAGCCCUGGGCUCAAUGCCUCGCUUCCUCCUCACCGUUUCCUUGCAGAAAGUCAUCCAACUUUUGUGCACCUGCGCUCUCAUCACCGACAAGACUCUCCAAUGGGCCGAAUCUCGAAAAAAUGCUCUGACAGCUCUUUCGCUCGUCUGCACAACCGUUGGGAUCGCCCCAUCCAGCCCAGGUGGGGUUGAUCAAGUGACACUGGCCGGAAUAUUCCGCACAUUCAUCGAUGGCUUUGAAGAUUACACGGUGGAUAGCCGUGGAGAUAUUGGAGCUAUCGUCCGUGAAUCGGCAAUGUAUUCUAUUCAGGUUGUUUAGGUAUUGACCAACACCUCGCAACCAGACCUACUUGAAGCUGACCUGAUCCGCUCCGUAUUGCAUGCGGUGGCUAAACAAUCGACGGAACAAAUCCGUCGUAACCGGUUGUUGGCCCCCAACGUUUUUCUUCUCUCGUCUACUGUGAUCCCACCAUUCCUCACAUUGAGCAGUUGGAAGAAUUGCGUUCCAUCAUUCCACCGCCUCCGCUGGACAUUUCGACCGAGAAGGAAUGUUUCGAUUUGUGGAUGAAGGUGAUGCGACUCGACACUUACCGCAAAGCCGUCAUCACCGGACUUGUUUCCAGCAUCGGCAGUCUCACGGAUAGUUUGGUUAAAAGUUACAGCGCUCCAUUCAUGAGUUACCUCCGCCAGUUGGUGGCCGAGAACAAAUUGGAUGAACUGAAUUUGGUCACCCGGGAUAUUCUAAACGUGUUUCAAGAGAAUUUGAAUAGUGUCCGACUGAUGCCGUACAUUUUCAACUUCCUGGACCAUCUCUUGUCGUCCGGAUGUUUGGAUUCCGUUUUCAAAUCCAUGUCACGGUCGCUGUUGACCUUGAUUCGUACUGAGAUGACCAAUGGCGACUGUUGAUUAUCAUCUUUUUUUACAGUUGUUGAUAUCGUCGGUGGAUUUGUACUGUCACCUACUCAGAGGUGAUCAAGUGACGUUCGAUAAAUCAAUCAUUCACCUGUUAAAUCUGCUAGUGAAUCGGUUCCCUCGCGUUCGUAAAAUCACGGCCGUACGAGACGCUGCUGACUCUGACAGAUAUUAGCCCGUCGUUGGCCAAUCACCAAGACGACAUCUUGGCCAUUCCCAGCGACACUGACUGGGACGAAGACGUCGAAGCUUUGAAGCCCGUCAAGACUCAGCUUCGCUCACUUUUCAUUCCACCGACUUUGAAUCCUUGAAAUUCUUAGCCUUUCAUUCAAAUUAUUUGCUUAUUUAAAAUUAAAUAACCACCUAAAAUUGUGUCAUUCAUUUAUGGGAAAUACAAUUUCGAUUGUUUGGCUGCACUAAA